AUGAUGCUUUUGAAACUAACUGAUUCUUUAUUUAUUUUUCCCAAGAGAUGGCCAACAAGAGUGUAGAUGAUAAAUCCAAUACUUUUCGGUGCUCUUUAACAAAUUUAUUAAUAUUUUAAGAAUAUGUUAUCUGUGGCUUUAAAUAAAACAAAUAUUGAUCAGAUCUUAAUUGAUAAUACACUUGCCACCAACAAUAAAUGUUAGGUGAAAGAUAUUUCCUAGUACUCUAGUAAUUACAGAUUAUUAUGAAUAUUUAGAAGUAGAUAUUUCACCCAGAUAUAAUUCAAUUUCCAAAUACUUAUGAAUGUUUUCUUCAUCCUUUAAAUUCUAAAUUUGAUGAUAUUUAGAUGUUAUUAAAUCCUCUUCUUUUAGAGAUAUCUUUUGUAAUCAAUUAGAAAUAUUUUCUUAUGCUUAUUUAUAUUCUUUUAGCAGAUUUUGGAUAUACUCAAACUCCAGAAACUAAGACUUAAUAAAUUAGCUAUUCCAUAUAUGAUUAUAUUUUGUAUUCACUUUAAAAUGAUUAAUGCAAAUGUUGGGGAGUAGAUAUAGACAAAAGAAAAUAAAUGUUAAGAUUGAUACUAUUCAUCAGCGUGCUUUUGGAUUACUUGAUUGUAUUCCUUAUAAUUUUAAAUGUUUAACUUGUUAAUUCACAAGUACAUAAUAUAUUAGCUGUCCAGUAGAAUUCAAAUAGAAAAUUAGACUUGGUUGCUUAGACUUGUCAAUGCGAUUAAGGUUAUUUAGAAUUAGGAGCUAAAGUUUGUAGUAUAUGUCAUUAUUCUUGCUGAAAAUGUGAUACUUUAAAUUUAAAAUGUAUGGAAUGGAACAUCAUUCAUCAAAGGACUUUAAAAAGUACAAAUUUUUGAUGCCUUUGUGAUGAGUGAUAUUACGAUGAUGGAAGUGGAGGAGAAUGUGUAAAAUGUGAUCAUAGUUGUAGUAUGA